AUGUCCAUUCAGACGGGUUGGCAGCAGAUUCUCAAAGGCAUGAUGGCGUCAGGGGAUCGCCAAGAACUUCAAUUCGCUCCCCUGGAACAGAAGUUUGUGCCUUCUUUUUCAGAUUCAGAAGAGGUUGAUGAUGCAGCUGAAGAAGAUGGCAAGAAGCGGGAGUCCCAAUCCCAGGAUGACGCAGCCCAUGCAGCAAAGCGAGUGAAAACGGAGAAAGCUGCUUCCACGCAGGACCCAUCCACUGCAGUGAAGGGAGAGGAUGAUGAAGUUCAAGAAGUAGAGAAAAGUUUUGUUGAAGCCUUGGAGGAAGAGGUGGAACACUUUCUGCAGGAAAGAGAUCAGGAGGCGGUGUCAGGGUCGCCAUCCUUUCUUUCGGACAAUGAGGAAGUGAAGGAAGUUAGGCCCACCGUGAAAGUUGUUCUCUUGAGAGGCAAAGGCUUGGUCACCUUGGAGAAUGUUGUCCAGUAUGCUUUGUACAAGGCUGGUUUGUACAAGUACUAUGUGGAUCGAUGCGUGGGGAAAACUCUGGAGGCACUUGACUUCGAGGAACUGACGGCAUUGAUCGAGCAAGCCAAGAAGCAUUCUCAGCUCAUUUCGUUCAUGAAACAGACGCACCAGCGUGAAGAUGUACCCCCCGACUGGAUUCGUUGCUUUGGCUCUGCAGAAGAGACUGCUGGUGACGAGCUUCGUUUUUUUGUGAUGUGGCUUGCUUAUGAUUCGCUGGACGCCAUGGAUGGCAAGGAUGCUGAAUCUGCUUUGGAAAAGGCAGGGGCCCCUUCAGGCACUUCAGGCCCUGAAGUUGGGUCGAUUGAGCCAAAGGAGUCCAUCGAGAAGUCAGAAGUUGCCAAGGAUGGCAAGAAUUGCACGGAUGCUGAAGCUGCUUUGGAAAAGGCAGGGGCCCCUUCAGGCCCUGAAGUUUCAGAAGCAGAGCCAAAGGAGUCGAUUGAGAAGUCAGAAGUUGCCAAGGAUGGCAAGAAUUCCACGGAUGCUGAAGCUGCUUUGGAAAAGGCAGGGGCCCCUUCAGGCACUUCAGGCCCUGAAGUUUCAGAAGCAGCCAAUGUUGAGGAGAUGAAGGGGUCGAUUGAGCCAAAGGAGAAAUCAAACGUUGCACAUGAUCCCGAAGCCACAGUUCUUGCACAACCAGAUGCGCCAAAGGAGGCAAGUACGGUUGAGGUUCAGGCUGACGCCUCACUGACCUCACCUUCGGCCGCAGCUUCCCUUGAGAAGGAAACAUGCAAAGGUUCAGAUUCAGAAGCAACGAUUGCAGAUGAGGCCACUGGUGUGCAGUCUCAACGGCCAGUUUCUUCAGAACUCGAGGCUGGACCGGCUAUGGAAGUACAGCGUGAUGUUGCCCCAAAGGAGCCCGAGCCUGCUGAGUCCUCAGCGCCAGUCAAUCCGAAGAAGAUGGAAAAGGAAGAGGGUGAAAAGAAGGAGGGCGCUCAUCCGGGCCGCUCGCAUUUGGCAUUUGGAGAACAAGGGCAAUGA